UUCUCGCACGGCGACGUCAUUCUCCGGGGCUGUAUUCUCUGGGUUUAUUGAAUUUCCCUUUAGAAACUCUCACCACACAGUGUCCGCCUGCCUAUAAAACCUUGGGCGCUCUGCAAAAACUUUAGAUCAGCGCCGACAGAUUGGGACAAACUAUUUGGCUGAUUGCAGACGACUGGCGCACUGCUUAAACAUGAAGGUCCUGUAUCUUGCUGUGAUCGCCGGCGUAGCGUGCCUUGCCCUCGCCGGUGAAGUCAAAAAAGAAGAGAAGCCUGCCGGCAAGGAUGAGAAGGUUGAAGGCCGCGGUGGUUUCUUCGGAGGAGGUGGAGGUCACUACGGUGGAGGCUACGGCGGCGGCCACGGUGGAGGUUUCGGAGGCGGGUAUGGACAAAGUGCCGGAGGCUUCCAGGGUGGCUUCAAGCAAGGAGGCGCAGGAUACAGCCAGGGCUCAUCAGGCUUCUCUGGAGGCGGCUCGUCUAGUAACGUUCAGGGCUACAACAACCGGGAGGGGUACAGCUCCAACUCAGGCUUCUCUAAGGCCGGCUCAAGCAGCCACGGAAGCGGUUUUGGUCAACAGUCGGGUGGAUUCGCGGGUGGCUCCUCGGGUCACAAGUCUGGCCAUGGAAGCCAGCACCACGGCCACAUUGGCGGAGGCUAUUAGAAGGUCUGAAUCAUCACAUCUAGUCGUCUCUUUAACAUCACCUACUAUCAUGCUCUAUUCUCGUGCUUUUCCAUACAUCCCCACAAAACAGACGAGAACCCUGAAAACCAUCCAAAAUUAAAACGUAAGGCCACAGAACGUAAAAGUGUUCCUCUCCUUUUAAAAGAGUACGUAUUUUUGUAAUAAAAUUAUUCAUUUGUAUU